UUUUUCUUUCACUUUCUAUUUUUCCUAUCAAACUAUAAUAAAAGACAAAUGGAAGAUAAUCAUAACCAGAAAAUCGGGUUUUUAAGUGAAGGUGAAACUGGUAGUGCUGGUGUUCUUGUUUCGACACUAGUCAAAGUGACCGAGCAAUUUUUAGCUACGGUUAAUUCAUUAAAUCAAGUUUCUGAUAUAAAAUCCAGACAAGACAAACUUGUUUCAGUUAUGGAACAUUACGAUAGGUUGAACAUGGUUGUUAGGGUGCUGAAGUUAACAUAUCCCGUGCUUUUGGAAAACCAUAAUGAAAAAGAGACGAUCAAUUCUGCUAUCAGAAGUACUUCGGCUUCUGCCAUCAAUUCACUUUCAAAAAUCAAAGAACAUCAACAACAAUUGGUACAAAAUGAUACACUACAACUUACAAAUACUGCGCAGAUUCAGCAACAGCAUAUAAUUCAAAGAGACACACCGGUUUCUGUGAAUGACAGUCCACCGGAUCAGCAGCAAGUACUUAUCCAACCCCCAUUAAAUCAUCAAUUACAAACAGUUCAAGAUACUUCAUUAAGCCAGCAACAUCAAGUAGUUAAAGGAAAUCCAUUAAACCAACAACCACUAGUCAUUACCGAAAAUAUAUUAGGCUACUCGCAAGAGGCGAUUAAAAAAAAAUCGUUGGAUCGUCCACAACGACUAAUCAAAAAGAACCCAUUGGACCAUCAACAAGUGAUUCAAAAUAACCAACAGGAUGGUAAAAUAAACGUACUCGGUCCAAGAAAGAUACAUCCAUCAAAAGACAUUCAGUCUUCUAGAGACCGUCAUACUCAAAAAGAUAUUGAAUCCCAUCAACCCUUGCAAGCCCAGAACUCUCAAAUGGUCGGAAGAGCACAACGACAAACAGUGUCUGUACCAAAAGAGCCAGAUUAUAUGGAGAUUGAUUCCGCUCCAGCAACUAAAGUAAACGCGGAAUCAAUCAAUAUUUCGUCAAACGUAUUUUUGGAUCAAUUUGAAAAUACGGCACGUACAUUUGCUGCACAAAAUAAAAUGGAACUGUCAGAUGUGUGGGAGUCAUUGUUCGUUCAUGCUUUACCGCAAGACAAAAUAAAAUGGGCAGAAAAUACCAUUUUACACAGGUCGCUUAAUUGGAAUACAGCUCGCAAAUAUUAUUUGAAAGCUUUUCCUGAUAUCCAUGUGCAAACACCUUUCAAACAGUUUAACCAUAACGAACCUCAAACUGAUCCUUCUAUGUCAGCUACCCAAGCUGCUACUCGUGUUUACCAUCCAGUCACGCCUGUGUUGCAAGGUACGAUGGACGAGAAAAAACGGAUGACAGAGAGACAUACACUUUACGCGGAACGAUUGUUAUCGUUGGAAAUGAAGAGUCAUGAUACUAUUCACGAUUAUAACAAAAAAUUCCAUCGAUAUUCAAUCGUUGCUUGCAUGAAUCUUAAUGAUGCGUCUCUCUCUAAACGUUACAUUACUUCUCUAGUUCCAAAAUAUCGCUUACUGGUUGAAAAGGCCUUAGCGAAUAAACCACCAGCUGGCCUCAUUGAAACCAUGAAAUUUGCUGAGAGGCUAAUUCAAGCGCAGGGAAUCGAGCAUAAAAAAAUACAAGGACAGGUGUGUUGGAAACAUCCUAAUCAAAAAAAGCGUACGAGCCCAGAUGAUAACUUAAUGCCAUACAAAAGGUCCUCUUGUGCGUAGACACUUUGAAAUUACAAACGUAUCUCUCUCCCCCCCCCCUCCUCCUCCUCCUUCUCUUUUACACACACACACACAUACAACACUGCUUUCUUCGUAUUAUUACUUUUCCAGUACCCACCCACACCCUUUUAGAUAGUGC